AUGAAGUACACAUGUUUUGAAGAAAUCUAUUCAGAAUAUGGUAUUAAUGAAGAAGUAAGCUUUUCAAGCGAUGAAACCGCUGAUACAACAUUAUUAAAAGGAGAACAAUGUAUGAAACAAAAUAAAUGGGAAAAUAAAGAAAUUCCUAUUUCAAAAAAUUUUAAAAUAAAAAAGAGGAAUAGUAAUUUACAUGAAGAGUUGUCUAUUUUUGAUGAUUUUAAAAUAAUCCUAUAUGGUUGUAUUGGAAUAAGAACAUAUAAAAUGUUUUGCUAUAUAUAA